ACUCACUUCUUCCCGCAGGUUUCUCAUCCAACGACCUCUAACUCGAAGAAAUUUCAGUUACUUCUUUGUUUCUGCCUCCGCUGUUACUCUCAACCCGGAAAUGGACAAUUUGCCGGCAGAUAUCGAGGUUACAGAAACCAAAGAGCCUAGUUCGCGGAUCCGGUUAAGUGUAAAAGUACCCCCAGUUGUGUGUGAGGACUGUUACAAAAGGGUCAUUGUAGAGCUUAUGAAGAAGGCAAAGGUACCUGGAUUUCGGCCUGGAAAGAAUGUUCCAGAAAGCAUCCUUGUAAAUUAUGUGGGUAAAAAGAAGGUACAACGGGCUACAAUUGAAUCUAUUUUGCAGAGGACUCUUCCACAUGCCAUGUCUUCAGUGACUGGAAGGGCCCUAAGAGAUUCUUUUCGGAUUGUAACAAAAUUUUCUGAGAUGGAGCAAUCCUAUUCUCCUAUAGAUUUUCUGAGAUAUGAUGUAGUGGUCGAUGUUGCACCUGAGGUUAAAUGGAUUCCUGAGAAUGGUUACAAGAAUUUGAAGGUUGUUGUUGAGAUAGACAGUGAUAUAGAUGCUCAAAGGGCCUCCGAAGAAGAACUCAAGCGUCGGCAUAAGACUCUAGGUUCACUGAGAAUUGUAACAGAUAGAGGAAUAAAGAUUGGCGAUGUUGCGGUGCUUGAUAUAUCUGCCACAACAAUUGAGCAAGACAAAUCUAAUGCUAAAACAAUUCCAAUUUCAGAGAGUAAAGGAUUUCACUUUGAUACAGAAGGUGAUAGCGUUAUUCCUGGUUUUCUUGAUUCCAUAAUUGGGAUUCAAAGAGGUGAAACAAUGUCCUUUGCACUUGUAUUCCCUGAAUCGUGGAAGCAAGAAAAUCUUCGUGGUGUUCAUGCUCAGUUCACUGUUGAAUGCAAAGAACUAUUUUACAGAGAUUUACCAGAGUUAAAUGAUUCUCUUGCUGAGAGGCUUUUUCCUGGGUGCACUAGCUUAGAUCAGGUCAGGGAAUCAUUAUUGCAGAGAUGUAAAGAAGUCGAACAAACUGCCAAAGAACAAGCAACAGACAAUGCAAUUUUAGAUCAGCUAUGCAAGAUGAUUGAAGUUGAUAUUCCUCAGUCCUUGUUUGAGGAACAAGGCCGGCAACUUUAUGGAGCAAAACUUUUAGAGAUACAGGCAAAUAGGAAACUCAAUGAAGAGCAGCUGGCUUCUCUUUCAAGUCCUAAAGCAGUAAACGAGUACCUGGAAAGACGGAGGGAGAAUAUAACAACUAUGAUCAAACAGACCCUGGCCGUUGGUGAUAUAUUCAAACGUGAAAAUUUGCAGUAUCCCACGGAGGAUCUUGUCAAAGAAGUGGAAAAGUCCAUUGCAGAAUUCAAACGCCAUAAACAAGAAUAUGAUGAGGAGAGAGUAAAGGAACAGGUGCAAGAAAUUCUAGAGGGAGCGAAGGUGCUUGAAUGGUUAAGAGAACAUGCAGAUAUCCAAUACAUAACCAGGUGAGGUAGAGAUCAGUCUCAUGGGUGAUAGGAUGCAAAAUGAAGUAAAUUGAUGGAGGCAGAUAUAUAUGGGUUGUGAGGCUCUUGUUUUUCUUCGUCACCUCCCAAGCAAGCAGAGAGAUUGUAAAAAUUAUUAAUCUUCAGCCACUAUUAGUCUUAAAUUAUUUAAAAUAAGAAUGGUUUUGGUGGAUAGCAACCCUGGCCAAUAGUGGGUGGGUGCCUGGAUCUGCCACACUACACAUCUUGUGCGGCUGAAAUUUUGUAAACAGGAGAGGUCAUAUCAUGGUGGAUGGAGAUAUUCUUUCCUCAUCCUAUGCUGCAUGU